GAAGGUCAAUCGUUCUGCGUCGUUCUUCUCCACCUGGUUUCUCCCUUCAAAAGUUUCGAGAUCUCAGUGGCCCUCUGUGAGUCAGUGCUCAUGGAUGGCUUUGGAAAACCGAAUUUCUUAGCAGACGAAGAGGGGAGCAAGGCCGCUCCCGCAAGUCCCAACUUGCCUUUCAUCUCAGCUCGUCGUGAGAUGCACAAGAUCGCUCGUCCCUAUAGUCAAUUUGUUAAUGUGGCUACUCCACCUUUGAUGGUAUUCCAGUCCACACGCUAAAUGAUGUUGUGGUCUUUCCCAUAUGCUUUUGUAAUUUAGACAUUUUGUUUGUUUCUUCUUUAAUGAUGCAAUUUUUCAUGCCUAAAUCCGUUGCCCGUAUUUGUUCUUCGUUAGUGCUAAAUGUAGUUCUGGAAUGAUCACUUGAAGCUAAGGCACACCGAAAAGAAGAAAAGGAAAUGAAUGAAUUGCGAGCUAAGAAAUAGCUUAAUUUGAGUGAGAAAUACUAAUUUUGUGGAUCUCCUAUUGAUGAUUUCAUUUGUAUUAUGAACUUGUGAACUUUUUGCAGCGUGGGAUGAAAUCUUGGAAUCAGUGGCGGGUGCCACGAGAGAGCUUAGCAGACAGCAAAGUGGCCACCUAGGUGGAACUAAUAGGGAUGCAGAAAGGGCUUUGAGGAAAAGGCUAAAUGACAAAAGAUACAGAGCAAGGUUGAAGGAAGACAAAUUGCAAAUGAAAAGCAACAUGUAUUCACUUUAUGCUGAGAAUGAGAAUGUGAAGAAAGAGAAUGAAAGGUUGCAACAUGAACAUGUUUCGAUGAAUGAAACUUUGCAAGCUCGAGCAAAAUUGAUAGAUCAGUUGAAAAGUGAUCUUGACAAAUUGAAUGACGAGUAUAAGAAGCAAAACGUCCUUGUGCAAAGACUCUCAGAACUAUUAGCAUCCUGCCCUGACCUCCAGCUGGAAAAUGAAAGGCUUAAAUUAGAAAAUGGUCAAUUGAGAUAUAAUGCAAGUCUGGAUUAUAGCAUGGGGAUUGCAGAGGAGAAUGUAAAAUUAAAACUUGAAAAUAAGGUACUCAAAGUGCAGAAUGAUGCUUUGUGUGGGAAAUUAAUCAGUGACAGUGACAAGAAGCUUGCAUGAGAAUUGGCAGGAUGAGCUACCACUAGUAUAUGUGUCAUGUUAAUUUUGUUUCUUACUUUUUUUUUUUUUUCGUACGUCGGAUAAUAAGUUAUAUGAUAGGGGAUAGCCUCUCCCACUUGUUCCAAGAUUUGAACUUAAGAUCUCUAACAUGGAGAUUCGAAUUCUUAACCAUUGGGACAUUCCCUAGGGAACUUUAUUUCUUACUUGUAUUCUCAUUUGCUAAGGGCUUCGUAGCACCACUGAAUGUCAUAUG